UUUUUUGCUGUUUCCACAUUGUAAAGAAUCACUCUUCGUGGGCGGAUGACGAAGACACUCUCUCUCACGGGGAAACUACACAAGACCAAGAGUCUGAUUGAAGCCGUGUUGCUUUCAUAACAUAUCUAUAUUAAUUAUUUAUUUAAACUUACAGCACAGGUGCAUUCAAAUAUAAAUAUAUUAUAUUACAUAUACUGAUGGUAUUGCCUCUCGGGCGAUAAAGAAGGCGAGAGCGUGGUAGAUACAUUUAUUACAUAAACACAGAAGUUCACGUUGAGCAUACAAAUAUAUAUAUUUUUAUAUCAUGGGUUAUUUAAAUAUUUUUGUAACGCUACAUAAAUAAAUACAUUCAUUAAUAAUUUAUUAUUUACACGGAUUCAUAAUAGCAGAAUCACAGCCACGGAGCGCUGGGUUCAUGUCUGAAGCUGAAAUGGAAGAUCGUUUUGUUGAAGUUUUGGAAGAAUUCUUAGCGAGCGCGCUGGUAGCCUGGGUCAGGACCUUCGAGUCCCUGGUGGAGGGGGGGUGCGAUCUCUCGGCUCCGUACCUGGAAGUGAACUCCGACUCCCACGAUGCACUGGGGCAGUACCUGCGGCUCCUGGACGGGGUGUUUCUGAACAGGGUCCUGCGACUCAUAGACCCGAACCCGAAGGCAGAGCGAGUCUAUCGUAACGAGCGCAGCGACGAGGUCCUGCGGGUCCAGAACCUGUCCAUCCUGACCCGCCACCUGCGCCAGUACUACCAGGAGGAUCUCCAGCAGCUGCUUCUGAUUCCUCUGCCUAACGUUGCUGUGCUGGGGAGAGAACCCUUGACAGAAGCUGCUGUUGAUGAGAUGAAGAAGCUGCUUCUGUUGCUGUUAGGAUGUGCGGUUCAGUGCGAAAGGAAAGAGGAGUUUAUUGAGCAGAUUCAGAUGCUGGACAUAGAGACACAGACAGCCAUCGCCACCUACAUUCAGGAGAUCACUCUGGACCAGCACAAGGUUCUGUCUCUGCAGCUGUGUGACCCGAGCGAGCUGAGCCGGGCCGCUGUGCAGAACCUCUUCCAGAACCUGACCCUGCAGCUCCAGAGCCUGGUGAGGGAGCGCGACGCACAGCUGGAGAGGAUCUCGGAGCUCAUGCAGGAUAACCGGACGCUGCAGACCCACCACGGACCCCCCCUCUCCCCCGUGACCCCCUCUCGAGACGACCCCCUGGUUCUGUACGGUUCUGGUGAAGCCCGGCAGAACCUCACGGUGCAGCUAGCGGACAGCAAGGCCAGACUCCGAGCGCUCCGGGAGGAACUUGAGGAGAGCAGUGAGCAGCUACUGGAUUGUAAACAGGAAGUGCAGGACCUGGAGGCAGAGCUAAAGAAGCUACGGCAGGAGAACCGGGAUCUGCUCAGUGAGGCCCGGCUGGCCCGCCGGUACCGAGACGAGCUGGACUGUGUGAGAGAGAGAGCGAGCCGGGCAGAGAGGCUGCAGAGUGAAGUGGCCGGGUAUCGAGAGAGGCUGCAGGGGAUGGAGCUGUACCGAGGCAAGCUGGAGGAGGAGAGGGCGUACUCCCAGGCCCUGCUCCAGACGAAGGCUCUCCUGGAGGAGCAGCUGGCUGCAGCGAGGAGCCGCGGUGAGAGACAGAGAGAGCUGGAGAGAGACAACCUGCUGCUGCAACACAGGAGCCGGGACCUGGAGACGGAGCGCGAUGCUGAGAGGCAGCGGGUCGAUGAGCUGCUGGAAGAGAACCUCGCCCUGGAGGCGGAGCUUAAACACAGGCUGGCAGAGACCCCGCCCACCUGGGGGGAGGAGCCUGAGAGGGAGGCGUGGCUUGAGGGAGCCCCGCAGCCCCUCAGUGUCGAGGUGAGGGAUUUCCUCUCCUGUGAUCGACUGCUGGGAGCGGAGCAGGAGAACCAGGAGCUGCGCAGGAGGCUGAGGGACCUGGAGGGGGCGCUAGAGAGCAAGGAGCACACAGACCAGGUCUCCAGGCUUCAGGCCCAGGUGUGUGAUUUGAGGAUGCAGCUGAGCAGUGCUGAGAGAGAGAGGGAGAAAGCUGAGAGACAGGUCGGUGACCUCACAACGGAGGUCGAGCGAUGGAAGGGGUCAGGGGUCAGGGGUCCAGCAAAGGAGACAGGAGAGAGGGAGAGAGAGGAGAAGGAGGAGGGAAGAGAGAACCGAGAGAGGAGAGAGAGGAGGGAGAGGGGAGAGAGGAGGGAGGGAGGCAGAGAGAGGAGAGAGGGGAUGGAGGGGAGAGAGAAGAGAGAGAGAAGGCAGGGGAGAGGGAGAGAGAGGAGAGAGAGAAGGCAGGGGAGAAGGAAAGGGAGAGGGAGGAGGGAGGGGGGAGGCAGGGAGAGAAAGGAAAGAGAGAAGAGGGAGCGAGAGGAGAGGGAGAGGGAGGCAGGGAGGCGGAGAGAGCUGGAGGCUGAGAAUAUGAGGCUGAGGAAGGCUGAGGCGAGGCUGAAGGAGGCACGGAGGAAGUGGAGUCUCUGCAGUCGGAGCGAGUCCAGUUGGACGAGGGAGAAUUUCCAGUUGCGCAGUCUGGUGGAGAUGCACAAACUGGAGGGGCUGUACUGGGGCAACUGGAAACCGAGAAGCAGGAACUGGAGCGAGAGCGAGGACCAGCUGAGGAGGAGCGUGGAGAGCAUGAAGAGCCAGGCCAAGAAGGUGUGCGAGCAGUUGGAGCCGCUGUGCCAGUCCCUGCGCUGCGAGGUGGAGAGGCUGGACCGCUCCCUGGUGGCUGGGAGGAGGAGAGCGGAGGAGCUGGAGCUGGAGGUGGAGGAGGGGGAGAGGGAGAGCCAGGGGCUAAAGAGGGAGCUGGGGGAGGCCAGGCAGGCCCUCCGGAGCCUGGAGCAGGGCAGGGCAGGGCUGGAGGAGGAGCUGGAGAGGCAGGGCAGGGAGAGGAGGCAGCUGGAGAAAGAGGCACGGAGGCUGAAGCAGGAGAGCCAGGUGGCAGAGGCAGCACUGGAGGAGAGCCAGCUGAGAGAGAGAGAGCUGGAGCAGAAGCAACGGCUCCUCUCCGCAGAUCUGUCCCAGGUGAAGGAGUCUGUGUCUCAGCUCCGGGAUGCUGGAGAGAGAGAACAGGGAGCUGAUCCAGCAGGGAGUGGAGCUCAGAGGCACCCUGGCCUGUCUCAGAGAGGAGCUGGUGGAGAGAGGCUGGGCAGAGAGCUGGAGAAGGCGGAGCUUAGCCCGGAGAGGCGGAGCCUGGAGCAGCAGCAAAGCGAGGAGAGUUUCAAGCUCCUGGAGAAGCGACUCGACUCCUCCUUCAAAGAGACGCUGCGAGUCAGAGACGAGCAGAUCAGCGCCCUGAGAGACCAGAGGGAGGCGCUCAUGAGCCAAAAUCAGCAGCUUCAGGGAGAGACACAAAGGUUGAGGGCUCUUAUUGGGGCGUCAGAGAGAGACGCAGCCAGCCAGAGCGAACCCCAAAAUAGCAGCACCCCGAAAAACAACAACACCACCACAGGACCUCAAAUCAACAGGGACCCCCAAGAUUCCAGCUCCCCGAAAAACAACACAGGGUCCCAGAUCACCAGCAAGUCCACCGGCACUGACAGUGACCCCCCAAACAAGGAGGAGCCCCAAAUCAGCAGGGACCCCCAAAUCCACACCGAGCCUUUGAGUGACAGACUCAUUGAGGUGGAGAGACAGAAUGCCUCCCUGCUGGCGGAGAAGCUGUCGCUCUCCUCGCGGCUGUGUGAGAGCGAGGCUCGGAGGGGCAGCGUGCAGGACCAGCUGGAGGCGCUGCAGAGACACUCCCAGAGCGUGCAGGACAAGAGCGCCGCCCUGCAGGCUCUCAACACGCGACUGCAGGUAGAGAACACCGCCCUGGCCUCCCAGCAUGCCUCUCUCUCGGCGCAGUGCUCUCAGAGCGAGGCUCGAGUGGCGACCCUGGAGGGCGAGGGGCGGCGCCUGGCCGCGGAGCGGGAGGAAGUGAGGUCGUGGCUGGAGAGCCUCCGCAGGGACCACGACAAGCUGGGCGUGCUUCACGAGAGGCAGGAGGCGGAGCUGGAGGGGCUGGCGCGCAAACACAGCGAGCUGAAAGGAACCUUCCGCGCGCUGGAGCUCAGGCACCGAGAGCUGGAGGGAAG